AUGUACGGUGAUGGCCAUACCAAGUUAAGAUUAGCAGGAGGAUGGAAAACUAAUCCACAAAAAUAUAAACAGUUUUGGGAGAACAACAAACUAAUCUACAAAAGCACGAGUCAAUCCGAUACUAUACCUCGCUAUUGCGUCAGAGAAGAUGGCUUGAGUAUUAUUAAUGCACGAAAGAUUACAGAUGCAAAAUUUGCCAUCAAGAUACAAGACUAUGAUACUGGAGAAAUUAAAUUUGACCUGCCAGUCUCCAAAAGAAAUAUUAAAGAAGUUAAAAUUUCAGCAGAUGGAAAUUGGCUUGCUUUCUUAAUGCACAUAUCUCAGGACAUUUUAUGUUUUUGGUGUUAUGGCACUCCAACUUGA